AUGGAGAUUGAUCCAGUCGUACAACAACGUUUAACAGAUGCUAAUCAAACACAUCUACUUGGUUAUUGGUCUGAACUUGAUGAUGAACAACGAAUAACACUUUUGAAUGAUAUUAUAGAAGUUGAUUUCGACCGUGUCAAAGAUGCUUAUGAUGCUAUCAAAACUGAACUAGUAACAGAAUUAAAUGGUGAAGUAAAUACUCAUAAUGAUAGUAAAGAUAAAAAACCAGUAGUGAUUGAUGAUAUCAUGGAACCGAUUCCUGAUCAUAUGGCUGGAUCAAUCAAUGAAGCAAGCAACGAACAAAUUAAAGAUUAUCGACAACAAGGAUUGAAAGCUAUUUCUGAAGGAUCGGUGUGUGUUCUAUUACUCGCUGGUGGACAAGGAACUCGGCUUGGCGUUGAUUAUCCGAAAGGCAUGUUUAAUAUUGGUUUACCAUCGAAAAAAUCUCUUUAUCAAAUUCAAGCUGAGCGUAUUCUUAGACUUGAAAAAAUUGCAAAUGAGCAGUUGGAUACAAAAAAUGCUUCCAUCACAUGGUUUAUCAUGACAAGUGAACAUACACAAGGAGAAACAGAAAAAUAUUUUCGUUCACAUAAUUAUUUUGGUUUAAAACGUGAAAAUAUAGUUUUAUUUGAACAACAUACUUUACCUGCAUUAAAUUUUCAUGGAAAGAUUUUACUUGAAGAAAAAUAUAAAUUGGCAAAAGCAGCUGAUGGAAAUGGUGGUUUAUAUCGUGCUUUGAAAACUCGUGCAGUCUUAGAUGAAAUGAAUAAACGGCAUAUAAAAUAUAUUCAUGUUUAUGGCGUCGACAAUAUUCUUGUACGUUUAGCUGAUCCAGUCUUUAUUGGUUUUUGUCUACAGAAAAAUGCUGAUUGUGCUGCAAAAGUUGUAAAAAAAACAGUUCCAACAGAAGCAGUUGGUGUCAUAUGUAAAGUUGGUGAUCGUUUUCAAGUUGUUGAAUAUUCAGAAAUAUUGGAACAAACAGCACAUAGAAAAAAAUCUGAGCACAGUGAUGAAUUAGCAUUCAACGCUGGAAAUAUUUGUAACCAUUUUUUUACUUUGGAUUUUCUUCGAGACGUUUGCCAAAAACAUGAAACAGAGCUUCGUUAUCAUGUUGCUAAAAAGAAAAUUCCAUCGAUUGAUGCCAAUGGUGUAUAUGUUAAUCAACCACAACAAAUAAAUGGAAUCAAAUUAGAAAAAUUUGUUUUUGACGUUUUUCCUUUUUCAAAAACAUUUGCUGUUUGGGAAGUUCGCCGUGAAGAUGAAUUUUCACCAUUGAAAAACGGCUCAGGUUCUAAAGAUACAGCAGCAACCUGCCGACAAGAUCUAAUGCUUCAACAUAUUCGUUGGCUUAAAGAAGCUGGUGCUGAUUUACCAUCGGAUGUGAAUCAACAAAUAGAAUCAACUGAAAAUACUUGUGAAAUUUCACCACUUGUUUCAUAUGGUGGAGAAAAUCUUGAAUUUGUAAAAGGAAAAACUUUUGAUCUGCCAAUUUCUUUUGAACUGACUGAUGAAGUUACAGAAUUCAUUAGUGAUUUCCCUACAAAAUUAUGUUCAACAAACGGUGUAAAACCCGUAGCCAUGCAUACAAAUGCAAUUUCUUAUUAA